AUGUCCAAUCCUUAAAAGUAAAAACCAGGAAUUUUAUCCACACUCUAGCCAUUCUUAAUUGGAGGAGUUUCUGGUAUGUUUGCUACUCUUUGCAUACAGCCUAUAGACACAGUUAAAGUCAGAAUAUAAAUUCUAUCUGAAGAUGCAGGCAGAACAGGUUAAAAAGUUUCUGUAAAUCCUAUUACUGUGGCAAAAUAAACAAUAGCAAGUGAUGGAGUAGCAGGUUUAUAUAGAGGAUUAGACUCAGCAAUUAUGAGACAAGCUCUUUAUGCUACAGUAAGACUUGGUUUAUUCAGAACCAUCUCUGAUAAAAUCAAAGAAGCAAAAAAAAGAAACUUAACUAUUUUGGAGAAGGCAGGAGCUUCUUUAACAGCAGGAUUUUUCGGGUCAAUAAUAGGUAAUCCAGCUGAUUUGGCAUUAGUUAGAUUCUAAGCAGAUACACUCCUUCCUUAGGAUUAAAGAAGAAAUUACAAGCACGUUUUUGAUGCUUUAUUUAGGAUUGUUAAAGAAGAAGGUUUUUUCGCCUUAUGGAAGGGCUGCACACCAACUGUUUAUAGAGCACUCGUUAUUAAUCUUGGUAUGCUUUCAACAUUCGAUGAAGUGAAGGAGAGAUUAAACGCAUAUACAAAUACUGUUGAUACUCUUCAAACACGUGUUAUUGCUUCUGGGUGUUCGGGUAUUAUUGCUUCUUUGAUGUCACUUCCUGUAGAUAAUGCAAAGACUAAAAUAUAAAGAAUGAGGCCAGAUGAAAAUGGAAAAUUGCCAUAUUCCGGAUUUGUUGAUUGUAUGAAAAAGAGUGCUUAAAGAGAAGGUAUUUUAGGACUAUGGGUAGGCUUACCAACAUUUAUAACAAGAGUUGCUCCUCACAUUAUUUUAACACUCCUCGCUUAAGAUGCUAUUACAAUCUAUGUAAACGCUAGAAAGUAGCAUUGA